GUCUUGUUUACAGUGUAUCUGGUUACACAAGGAGUAAAUCCUCGGGAACAUGGCAUCAAGCAGGAGUUGGAGAGAAUUAGAACGUACAUGAACAGAGUGAAGGAGAUUUCUGACAAAAAGAAAGCCGCCCGUCUGGAUAAAGGAGCUGCGUCACGUUUUCUCAGGAACGCCCUCUAUGAUCCGGAGGAGAAAGAGUCAAAAACAAGAUCAGCAUCGAAGAAAGGUUCAGACUCGGUGUUUGAGAGUCCACAGUUAAAGAAGCAGAAGCGAAGCUGAAACUCUUCCAUCUAGUUCCAUUUAUAUAUAUAUAUUUUUUAACACUCGAGCUGGUGUUUUUAUUACAGACCGUCUGCUGAUGUAAAAUGAAAACAUACAGUUUACUUCAUUGUUGAUCAUGAAACUGAUCCUGGAUCUGAACAGAUGACUUGCAGCCGACAGAAUUUUUGAACAGAUGAUGCUGGGACGUGUGUUGGAGUUAAAGGAUCCAACGUUGGAACCGUUUCAAGACGUUUCUUUGUCUCUGAGCCGAGUUACUUUUUAAGACGAGUUUUAUGAAGAAAACUUUGUGGUUUUGUUUUGUUCUUCUUCUGAAGAAGAAAUGUUUCCUCUGAAUGUGAGAGAGAGAUUCUGUGAAUCGUGAAUAAAACCUGGUCACAAACAUG